CUGAAGAAAUUAAGUUUUCAUAUUUGUGUUUUUCUCAGAAAAAUACAGUUUGGUAAUAUGCCUGUGUUGCUUUUAACAUAUUAUUCUUUUUUUAAAUGCCUAACCUGGUGAAACAUAAAAGUGACAUUUUGUUCUUAGGAGAGAUUCAUGUUGUUUGGCAUGUAUAGUAAUCUGAAUGAAGAGAUUUGCAUGAAUUUGGUGACUUUCGGUGACUUUCUGUGGCUUAUACAGCAGCACCAGCAGGAAGCAGGCUGAUCUUGCUGGGUUUUGCCUUUUUGAGUAUUAUAUGUGAUAUUCCUAUACAGCCCCACGGCUCUCUGUUCCCCUGGCUCUCUGCAGCGAGCUGCGUAGCCAAGUAAGGUCGGAGCCACUUGGAACUAGGCUUCAGAACAGAUUGGGGAACAAAGACCCUUUAGACUUUAGGUGUGGAGGAGACAUUAGAGGCUCUCUACACCAACACCCCUGUUUCUUAGCUGGCAAAACCUAAAUCCAGAAAGGUCAUUCCUUGCCCAGGUCAUGGCAGCAGGUGGUGCUGGGACAGUGACUGGAGUAGCACCCCCCAGCACCUUUCUCACAGCACGGAGCCCACCCUGUCUGUUCCCUGUACCAUUGCCCGUUGAGUCCUCAGGUGCCAGUGCCUCAAUCUGACACUGAGGACUCUUAGUAACAAGCCUCCUGUGUAGGUAAACUCAGUUUCCCGCAUACCCUAACAAGCCCUUGUCUGCCAUUAGUAGGCAGACCUCUUUAUUUCCUGUCCUAUCACGGUGCCCAUUUUUAGUUUUGUUCAUUAGAGAAAUUGGUCAUUUUCUAAAAUGGCACCAAGAGAAAUGCUGAAGAAAGGUACAGCUGGUGCAAGUUAAAUACAGAGACACCUAAGAGUUUCCAUACUUAGUUGUGCCCCAGGAGAUUGGCUGAGGACUAGCUGUAUGAGUUGUCAUGGAAACCCCAAGCUCAGGGGCCUUGAGGCCCCCCUGAGUUGCUGGUGAUGUGGUGGGGAGGCAGAGUCACACUGAGGGGCAUUCCAUGUGCUGCAUUGAUGCUCUUGAGUUCACUCGUCGCUCACCAGAUCAUAAAUUUAGCGGACACAGAGACAUCUUACAUGUUAGUGUCUUUCUCCUGCCGCUUCAGAGCACCAAGAGCAAGACUGGGCAAAUUGGAUUUUCGAUUUCAACUUUUGCAUGGUACUCAUAGACUGUGCCUUUAUGUCAAAAAUGCCUUUCCACAUACUCUUUGCAUCUUACAGCUUUGCUUGGAAGAAGUUGGAUUUGGAAAACAUUGAUUUUAUUUUGUUUCAUUUUAUGCAAAACCCUUCAUAAAUCAAAAUGUGAAAUGAGUACAGAUUAUAUUUCUCAGGCUGGUAAGAAAAUCUGAAGCUAAAAUUAGUAUGGAACUGGGCUCCCAAUCUUUGAAGAACCAAGCACAGCAGAGUCUUGAACUUUUACCAUUUAUGUGAAGAGAGGCAGGGUCAUUGCUCAGAGAAAGGGCACAAAGGAAUACCACUGACCCCUGAAAAAGAUAGGGCUAAGGGUACAGAGCCUCAGUGCAGUUAAAAAUCUACAUAAAACCUUUGUCUCCCAAAUCAUAAAUACUAACAGCCUGAUGGGAAGCCUAACCAAUAACCUAUGUAGUUGAUCAGCACAUAUUUUGUGUGUAAUAUACCGUGUUCUUGCAAUAAUGUCAGCUUGAGAAAAGAAAAUCAUAAGGAAGAGAAAAUGCACGUAUAGUAUUUUUGACCCCACAGACUUCAAGGGUCACCUAUAUUGAUAAUACCUUAAAUGCUCAUUAGAAAGAGAAAUAGCGUUCUGCCUUAAUGGGCCCAGUGCUUGAAAAUGAGCCAGGCCUUCUGAAUCCUAGUCUUGUCCUUCAUGCUCUGGUUAAAUAAAGCAAGCACCCCAUCCUCCCUGCGUGCCUUCCUCCCUCAGGUGCCUCAGGUGCCAGCUUCCUGUGAAAUGUCAUAGUUCUAAAGGACCUAUUUGCCAAUGAGUGAGCUCAGGUGCAGGUUCACACCACGUCGACAGUUCACUCUGGAGUGGCUACCCUCUUGCGCCUUGCUUUCCCCAGCACCCUGGGUUCUUCUCCAUGUUGUCCUGGGGGGUCCUCCAAAGCUGUGUGUGGCACAGAUGUUAGUGUUGAAACGGUGGUCAGUCUCCAGGUGGUGUGUGCUGGGCACCCCAGGUGCGGUCCCAGUCUUGAGGGAGCAGAGGCUUGGCAGUGAGUAUUCUUGACUGCCUGUCGCUGGAGCGAGAAGACCCUUGGCUCUGUGUCCUUCUGAACCCCAAGCCAGCAAGCUCCCCAUGCUCCCUCUACCUCUGUUGUCAUCCUCCCUUCCCAGAAGGGCUGGGUAGGUGUAGGCCCCGUACUUGACAGGAUAGUGGCUAGAGAAGGAUCGAUGGCUUUCAUGCAGCGUCAUCUAAAACUUUGCAGUGGACGGAACCACACAGUCUUGGAUCUCUCUGCCUCCCUCUCCUUUGCCUCUGAGGGAGUUUUCUGGGUCACUUUACCUGAAAGUGGGGGAGGACUUAGGUGUGUGUGGAGAGUGGUAUUUAUAGGGAGGUCCUUGAGGGGAGACUGGAGUUGGGGGGAUAGAAUGUGUCCUUCAGGGAGUGGGUGAACAUAAUGGGGAGAGUAAAGCCUCCAUCUCUCUUGGGAGGAGCCUGGCCCCCACCGAGGCUGCUGAAGCCCCCCUCCCAGCACUGGAGGUGGUGGGGCCCUGGGCUGAGGCCCACCUCUCAGCUGAUUUACCCUUGAGCUGCCCGUGCCCGGAAUACCCUUCUCUUCUGCUCUCCGUCCCAGUCCUGCGCUGAGAACAGGGAUCGUUUUCCAGCUUCCUCCAGUCUAGGUGUAUUAAAGGAGACUUUGUUCAGAGACGAUUUGAUAAUUGAGCGGUUGCUUGCACAUUUGAGCAGUCGGACUAGGUGGAAAAUAGCAGGAACAGAGAAAGAUGUUUUCUUUUGGACCGUACUCUGAGGCUGGAGAAGGGCAGUCACAUAAUCUGUCAUUUAAACAGGGACACUUCUGUCUGGAACAAAUGCUAAAUCCAGUGGGCCGUCAGGACAGAGGAUGUAAAUGAGGCCGCAGCCACGCCGAGUCAAUGAUCCAUACGUGAAACUUUCUUUGUACGUAGCAGAUGAGAAUAGAGAACUUGCUUUGGUUCAGACAAAGACAAUUAAAAAGACGCUGAACCCAAAAUGGAAUGAAGAAUUUUAUUUUAGAGUAAAUCCAUCCAAUCACAGACUCCUAUUUGAAGUAUUUGAUGAAAACAGAUUGACGCGAGACGACUUCCUGGGCCAGGUGGACGUGCCCCUCAGUCACCUCCCGACAGAAGAUCCGACCAUGGAGCGACCCUAUACAUUUAAGGAUUUUCUUCUCAGACCAAGAAGUCAUAAAUCUCGAGUUAAGGGAUUUUUGCGAUUGAAAAUGGCCUACAUGCCGAAAAAUGGAGGUCAAGAUGAAGAAAAUAGUGAGCAGAGGGAAGACAUGGAGCAUGGCUGGGAUGUGGUUGACUCCAACGACUCGGCUUCUCAGCACCAGGAGGAGCUUCCACCUCCACCUCUGCCCCCUGGCUGGGAAGAAAAGGUGGACAAUUUAGGUCGUACUUACUACGUCAACCACAACAACCGGACCACUCAGUGGCACCGCCCAAGCCUGAUGGACGUGUCCUCCGAGUCGGACAGCAACAUCAGGCAGAUCAACCAGGAGGCCGCACACCGGCGCUUCCGCUCCCGUAGGCACAUCAGCGAGGACCUCGAGCCUGAGCCCAGCGAGGGUGGCGGGGACGGCCCCGAGCCUUGGGAGACCAUUUCAGAAGAAGUGCAUAGCACUGGAGACUCCCUCAGUCUGGCACUGCCCCCACCGCCAGCUUCCCCUGUGUCCCGGACCAGCCCUCAGGAGCUGUCUGAGGAGCUGAGCAGAAGGCUUCAGAUCACCCCAGACUCCAAUGGCGAGCAGUUCAGUUCUUUGAUUCAGCGGGAGCCGUCCUCACGCCUGCGGUCCUGCAGUGUCACCGACGCCGCCGCCGACCAGGUGCACCUUCCACCGCCCAGUGCCCUGGCUAGGAGAGCACGUUCCUCAACCGUCACAGGUGGUGAAGAGCCAACGCCAUCAGUGGCCUAUGUACAUACCACGCCGGGCCUCCCUUCAGGCUGGGAAGAGAGAAAAGACGCAAAGGGACGUACAUACUAUGUCAAUCAUAACAAUCGAACCACAACUUGGACUCGGCCUAUCAUGCAGCUUGCAGAAGAUGGUGCCUCUGGAUCCGCCUCAAACAGUAACAACCAUCUAAUCGAGCCCCAGAUCCGCCGGCCUCGUAGCCUCAGCUCGCCAACAGUAACUUUAUCUGCCCCACUGGAGGGUGCCAAGGACUCACCCAUACGUCGGGCUGUGAAAGAUACCCUUUCCAAUCCACAGUCCCCACAGCCAUCACCUUACAACUCCCCCAAACCACAACACAAAACCACACAGAGCUUCCUGCCACCCGGCUGGGAAAUGAGGAUCGCGCCAAACGGCCGGCCCUUCUUCAUUGACCAUAACACAAAGACUACAACGUGGGAAGAUCCGCGCCUGAAAUUUCCAGUCCAUAUGCGGUCAAAGGCAUCUUUAAACCCCAAUGACCUUGGCCCUCUUCCUCCUGGUUGGGAAGAAAGAAUUCACUUGGAUGGCCGGACAUUUUAUAUUGAUCAUAAUAGCAAAAUUACUCAGUGGGAAGACCCAAGACUUCAAAACCCGGCGAUCACUGGUCCGGCUGUUCCUUACUCCAGAGAAUUUAAGCAGAAAUAUGACUACUUUAGGAAGAAAUUAAAGAAACCGGCUGAUAUUCCAAACAGAUUUGAAAUGAAACUUCACAGGAAUAACAUAUUUGAAGAAUCCUACCGGAGAAUCAUGUCUGUGAAGAGACCAGAUGUCCUAAAAGCUAGACUGUGGAUUGAAUUCGAGUCGGAGAAGGGUCUUGACUAUGGGGGUGUGGCCAGAGAAUGGUUCUUCCUGCUGUCUAAGGAAAUGUUCAACCCCUACUACGGCCUCUUUGAGUACUCAGCGACCGACAACUACACACUUCAGAUCAAUCCCAAUUCAGGCCUCUGCAAUGAAGACCACCUGUCCUAUUUCACAUUCAUCGGAAGAGUCGCUGGUCUGGCAGUAUUUCACGGGAAGCUUCUAGAUGGUUUCUUCAUUAGACCAUUUUACAAAAUGAUGUUGGGGAAGCAGAUAACUCUGAAUGACAUGGAGUCUGUGGACAGUGAAUAUUACAACUCUCUGAAAUGGAUCUUAGAGAACGACCCUACGGAGCUGGACCUGAUGUUCUGUAUCGAUGAAGAAAACUUCGGGCAGACGUAUCAAGUGGAUCUGAAGCCCAAUGGAUCAGAAAUCAUGGUCACAAAUGAAAACAAAAGAGAAUAUAUUGACUUGGUCAUCCAGUGGAGAUUCGUGAACAGGGUCCAGAAGCAGAUGAACGCUUUCCUGGAGGGAUUCACAGAACUGCUGCCUAUUGAUUUGAUUAAAAUCUUUGAUGAAAAUGAACUGGAGUUGCUGAUGUGCGGCCUUGGCGACGUGGAUGUCAACGACUGGAGGCAGCAUUCUAUUUACAAGAACGGCUACUGCCCUAACCACCCGGUCAUUCAGUGGUUCUGGAAGGCUGUGCUGCUGAUGGACGCUGAGAAGCGGAUACGACUCCUGCAGUUUGUCACCGGGACAUCCCGCGUCCCUAUGAACGGAUUUGCCGAGCUCUAUGGUUCCAAUGGUCCUCAGCUGUUUACAAUAGAGCAAUGGGGAAGUCCUGAAAAACUGCCCAGAGCUCACACAUGCUUUAACCGCCUUGACUUACCUCCGUAUGAAACCUUUGAAGAUUUACGAGAGAAGCUCCUCAUGGCUGUGGAAAACGCUCAAGGAUUUGAGGGGGUGGAUUAGUGGCCCCCAGCCUCGAGCGGGUGUUCAUCUAGCAAGCCCUGCCUGCACUUUCGCAUUUGCCUGACAGACCUUGCAGAGACCACGCAGAGGAGCAGUGUCUGGGCCGGGGCUCCCUGAGCCGCCUGCGCCCGUGACUCGCCCAAGUUCAGCGGAACCCAGUCCGGGGGCGCGUUCCUGCAUUUUCCACUACAAAUUAUCAACUGGUUGAUGUGUCCACGAAUAUCAUUUCAGGAGGACUUAUUCUAUUUAUGUUGUGCCUCUGUAGGCCAAGCCCUUAAUAAAUAUUUUACAUACUUUAUAAUGACAAUGAAUGGAAUUAAUCACUCUACAGGUAUAGUAUUACAACUCAUGUUUACUUUUUAAAAUGAUUUAGACCGAUUUUCAGAUUUUAUUUCAUUACGAUUAAAGAUGUCUCAUGUACUUGGAAAAGUGAGCAUAUUUUUUUUGUAUUUGAAUUUCAUACCAGGUUUAAUGUCAGUGACAUUUUUAUUUUUGAAGUACUUUGACACCCCCACCCUCUACUUUAUUAGCAUCGGAAGACUGAUUUUUGUCGACAAACCUACAGACGAGUACUUUCAGAGAAUUUAAAAUAGAACAUUAGGCAUAAUGAUCAUUUUUUUUUUCCACACCCAGAAUGAAAACAAACUGGAUAUGACAUUUUUUGGACAAAUUGAGCAUAAUAGCUCCAGGCCGAGAGAACUGAACACAGCAUGACAAAUUUUGUGUUGACUUGAAGGAAUCACACCAUUAUUCCUCAGAAGUGAUUACGUGACCCACGGCACAUUGAGACAGGGUUGGACUAUUAUUUCUCUUCAGAGAAAUUACUUAACCCUUCCCAACACUGUACAGUCAUCCUUUUAUUCUAUUUUCUCUUUGCUGUUUGUAGUGGCGACAUUUGAAUGAAACUUGGCCCUGCUCGAUCUGAAGCUGUGGAAACCAGAUUUGUUUAGUCUGCUAUUUGUACGCAUUUGCUGAUGGUAGCUGAUAACCGAUUUUUGUUCUAACCGUUCCGAUUCUGAAGGCACUUUAUGUACCCCGUGGAGGUCAGAUCUGGUUCUGUGGAUGUUUCGUUUUUUUAUCAUAAGCAUUAAAUGUGAUGAUGAUUCCCUCUCGCUGCACAUAUGGUGCCAGUGCAAUAUCAGUUGUGACUCGCUGCUGGUGUAUAAACCCUGAUGUCAAGCUGAGCCUGCAGGCCUGCCCUCCCGAUUGUUCUAUGGUUUCCACUCAACUGCGAAGGUUCAUUUAAUAGACACUUGAUCUCCCCGGGUUUCGUUACCUGUGACUUGUUGCAUGCUCCAAUGCUGUCCUGCCUGACUUGUGUCUCUUCUGUGCUUGAUUAAAACAGAGAAGACUGGGUUGGAUGCUCAGUCAAGCUGUGAAGCUGCUGGUGUGUGGGAUCGAGGGGCUUUGCAGAGGCCCUGUUAGUUCUCCUUGCGGAUCUCUGUCCUGUUUGGAGAGAGCGCCUGAGGCAGCAUGGGGAUCCUGCAACCCCACUGUCCUCUCAAACCCAGUUGCCCUGGUCCCUGUUGUGGCCAUCAAGGGACACUAGAGAUUCGAUCGCUUGCCAGUUGUAGAAAAGACCAAAAAUAUUGUGAUUUCAAGGCCUCCGUCUGUUAUGUAAGAAAAACCUUUUGAGGAAAAAGAUUGAUUUGUCCUCAGCUCUGGGUGGCUCAUGAGAAGCUGUCGAUGUUCGUGGUUGUAAAUGAGUCAUCCAAAGGGGAGAUGGGCCUAGGUGUCUAGAAAGCGGAUUUCUACAAAGCCAAGUAUUGGCUACUAUUUCAUGUGGAUUUUAAAAUGCCCAAUAGUGAUCAGGAAACUUAGAUGUUGAGUAAUUAGAAAAAAACAGUAUUUGUUUCUCCAUUGGUGGAAUGUUUUCCCUUCUAUCCAUGUAACAAAUGUCUCUGUAGCAAAAACCCCCUCCUCUGGCCCCUCCUAGUCCAGAUGCAGCUUUGUUCAGACCCAGGCCAGAGCCUACGUGGUCAUGUCAUUGUGGGAUGAGGAACCCAGUGAUUCUAGGUUAAAAAAAAAAAAUUGAGAUUCUCCUAACAUUUUGUAAACUCUUUAUCAGAAUAUUCACUAAUAUUAGGCAUAAUAUUGCAGUUAUGAAAGAAAACCCAUUCUAUUAUCAUUUGCAAGUCAGGGACAGGUAAGAUUUGUUGAAAUCCAUCCCCAUGAGCACUUGAAGGCAGUGACUGUGAUGACAGUGUGGUGCAUCGACUACAGUGCCUGAUUUCAGUGACAGCUAAGUGUGUGCUAAGUCUGGGGUGGGGGUUUUGUUUUUUAAUCUGAAAUACUCACUGAUCUUAUUUUCUUUAAAUUCUGAUGGUCACUCUCCUUCAUCCUCAUAUAAGUGAGUAAAGAGGGUCAUUCCUAGGCCCUCCCGGGUCAGCAGACCUGGGGCAAAAGCCCAGGGUCCCUUGCAGCAACACCCAGGCCACCAUGACCUCUGCUUUCAUAGAAAUUAACCUUAGUCCAGUUUCUUUGGUUUCCUGAAACAGGGAUGUUACUUAUGGGCCACUUUGCCCUGAGGUAAAGAAAUUCCAGAGUUUAUGUGCAGUUCUUGCAGCUGCCUCUCCGCCUGGGCAUUUCUAUUCUUGCCCCGUUGGCCUGAGGCUGAAUUUGGAAAUUCUGCCCCAUGGGAUUAACUUCAGGUGGUGGCUGCUCUUACCUGCUACCUCUGAAACAGGAAGCAAUGAAGCAACUGUCUGUCUGAAAGUUAAUUUCCACGUCAGUGCUCUUUUCUUUUGUGCAAAACCUUUUCCAUGAUUUACUUUCCUCUAGCUGGUCCCCUGCCCACCACAGGAGAUGAUCCCUCUGUUUUAUUUCCCAGGCCCUUUGGAAGCCACCAUCAAAUACUCCCUAAUAUCAGACAGCAAGUGAUGUAAAGCAGCCUGACGCGGAUUAUUUCUCCCACGUAGAAAUGGUUACCGAGUAUUCGAACCACUUUCUACAUCUCACGUUGUUAAAUAGACAACAUAAUGCACUUGCUGUUUCAUCUUGCCUCUCACAAAUUCAUCUCCUUUGUUCAUAUACAGCAAAUUACUAAUUGUUUUAACAGCUACUAUUUCACUUUAGUAUUUUCCCAAGUCUGGAAUCUUGCGGUCUGAAGUUUUGAAAUCUAUACAGUUCAUCAGUUCUCAAGCCCCUCCCCACUACACUAGCUAUUAACUCUGCCUCUUCCCUCCUUACCCUUACUGUACCCAGGAACCGAUGGGAGGCGAGGAGAAGCCAUCUAGUGUCAUUUUCUGCCUCACCAGUAGGGAGUACUGCUGUGCAGGGUAACUGCCUGGCCCGCUCCCUUCCUCACCCCCUAGGAGAUCAUGCACUACCUCUGUCGACUUCUGGCUUUGGGGUACAUCAUAAGUCAUGUCAAAACUGCCAAUUUCAGGCCUCCACUUUGUACUUUAGAUUUUAAAAUGGGGAAGAAAAUGUGAUAUACUUUGGACCACAUUUUUUAAUUUAUCUAAGCCUUAAGGAACAGCGUAUGCACCUGCACAUGCACCCACCUCCCACCCAGUGCGUCAGAGACUGAGCUGCAGCAUUAGGACAGGGACUGACACCAUAAUGUUUUACGGAAAAGGACAGCUUUCUGUUGACGUGAAAUUUUCCAGGAAAGCCUCUCUCCGGACACCUGUCCUUCGUUCAAGAUGUUACAUGCCAAGUGAUACGUGCUUCAAACCUAUGUCUUUUUGCCUGUUGGUUUUCUUUGUAAGGAGUAACAAUAGGAUUAGAAAGUAUUUGGUUACAGACUUCUGUGUAUUACAUUCUCCACUUUGAAGAAGUGCAUUGAAGCCUUUGUCACACCCAGACCCUUGUCUGCUGUCAUCUGUGUACCAUACAAGCCCCUCCCUCUGACCCAUUUCACCUGGAUGUUCAGGGUUUCCCUCAUGUUAACUUGAGUAACUUUGUUCUUCCUUUACUGCUACGUAUGUGUAUACAUGCACACAUACGUACAUAUGCUGUCCAAAUAUAUGUAUAUAUUUGUAUAGCAUUUUUACACCUUUCUUGAGUAAUCUGGUUUCAAAUGGGAGUGUGAGCUUAGUCCCUCCUACAGUUUUCUGCGAGCUUUGUCCUAAGAAUUCUGGUCCUCAGAGUCCAAGAGAACCCCAAGAAGAUGAUGUUAAUUUGCUGCCAUCUCUUAAUUGAGGAUCUAUACUCAAUGGAACAUGAGAAAGAAAAACAGUGACUUUUAAGGUGGAAAGAGUUUCAAGCAUUCCAAAUGAAUGAUCAAUGUUUCAUAACUUUUUAUUAUAAAGCCACUUCCUAAUAAAAAGUCAAGUACUAUUUGAUACAAUGAUUAAAAACCAAACUGCUUUGAAAUUUUUUAGACAACUUAAGGAUAAUGCUCAUUUUCACAAUAAGACUAGCUUUCAAAUAUGGUUGAAUUUGAUACACAGGAAAAAGUUUUGUUUAAGAACUCCUUUUUGCUUUUCAUUUUUCUUAAGAGAUCUAAGACAAAUUGUCGAUUGUUUUCCUGACAGCAAAAGAGUAAAAAUGUCACGAAAUGAAGUCAUUGUAAAGAAGUGAUGCAACUUGUCAAAUAUUUAAUAAAGAUUAUGGACGCUGGAACAUUUUCUACAUCGAGUAUGAUGGGUUGUCUGAU